AUGAAGGGAAAAGGUAUGAUGAAGCUACGGUACCUCGAUUCAAAAGGAGCACUUUAUUCUAAUGGCAUAAUAUAUGAACAAAAUGAGGAUUUGUGGAAAAGGACUAAUAAUCCUAAUUACAAUUUAGUAAAAAAUUAUAGCGAAUUACAAGACUUACUAAGCAAAGAAGAAGCACAAUUUGAACUCGUAAAAAAAGAAGUGCAUUUAUUGCAAAAACAGAAAGAUUUAUUACAGUGGCAUAUUUGUAAUAAUAUAAAAAAGUUAAGUAUGAAAAGAAGCGAAAAGAAAUUUAAGGAAGAAACAAGAAGCAAAUUAGAGACAAAAUUAAAAUUACUAAAAGACAAGACAAAAAUUAAUAAAUUUGAACAUGAUACACUAGAAGAAGAGGUUAAUAAAUUUGAAGAAGCAUUAGAAAAACAAAUGGAUAUAAAGAGUAAUACAGAAAUGAAAUUUACUGAAUGGUUGAAUAAAAAAGAUGAGUACUUGAAAGAUAUAACUCAAGAGAGGAUUAGCGCAUUUAAAGAAAGGAAAAAAAGACAAAAUCAAUUGAGAAAAUUAUUAAUGGUUACAAAACAAGAGAACAACAAAAAUUUUAAUAUCGAUUACCUGCAGAAAUGUGAAAUUAACCUAAUAAAUGAGAUUAAAAAUUAUAGAAAUUAUAAGACGUUCGAGACGAAAAGGGCAAAGGAUUUAAUUAACGAGCUUUCGUUCAAUGGUUUUCGCGUCUCUUAG